AUGGUGGAUGCUACCGUUUUCUCCGUGGAGCUGCACGGGCUGGCUCGUGAGGCACUCUUGGAGCGAUUUCGGGCAGUUGGUCAGGAGGGCGUUCUCCUGUUUGCCGGAGGGGGAGAUCCUCUGAGACACGACACAGACCAUGAGGACGUGUUCCGACAAGAGAGCACCUUCCACUACCUUUUCGGAGUCCGCGAGCCGGGCUUCAUGGGAUGUUUGGAUCUCGAGUCGGGGGCCGCUACGCUCUUCGCACCGCGCUUGCCGCCAGAGUAUGAACUUUGGAUGGGCAAAAUCAACGGCUGCGAGGAGAUGAGAGAGCACUACGGAGUCGAGGAAGUGGUCUACAUGGACCAGAUUGCGGAGUGGUUUAAAAGCCGCGCGCCCAGCAAAGUCUAUCUGCAGCGCGGGGUGAACUCCGACAGCGGCAACGAGGUCGCCCCCGCCAAGUUCGAGGGCCUCGAAGCCUACGAUGUGGACACGGCAGCAUUGCAUGCAGCGCCGGGCCUGGCUGAGGAAAAGGGCCGUUAA